AAUUGUUCCGUUUCUACUCCAAAGUCCAACAGUUUGUCUGAUAGUUUUCAUUAUUUUCCAAGCUUUCCUAAAUAGAAAUGUAUCUAAAAGGGAUUGACUCUCAUCUGAGGGUUUUGCUCCGGCUCAAAAUGUGUAUUUUCCUGCUGGCUGUGACAACUGCUGGAAUAUUUCUGGCUCUGCUUAAAUCUUCUGAAUUGACUGAGUGGAUUCAAAAUAAUUUGCAAAACACAUGUCAGUGUGUGAAAUGUUUUUCCAAAGAGGAUGAGUUUCUGAAUCGAUAUCUGAACCGUUCUAUUGAACCAUUUCUGUCAGCAAAUGCUGACCUGUCUGAGGAGGAAUUCAAAUGGUGGUCGCACUUACAGAGCAACAGUCAUAACUUCAGCUAUUUCAAAGCAACAAUUAAAACACUGUUUAAGAUAAUCCCACCAACUCCUGUGUUUGAAAAACCCCAAACUGAGGGUUGCAGAACUUGUGCUGUUGUGGGAAAUUCUAUAAAUCUGAAAGGAUCACAUUAUGGACCUCUGAUAGAUUUCCAGGAUGUCAUUAUAAGAAUAAACUAUGGUCGAGUAAAAGGCUACGAACAAGAUGUCGGGGCAAGAACAACACAUCGAGUCAUGUAUCCAGAGAGUGGCUCAACCUUAGAUAACACUACGCACCUUGUAUUAUUUGCAUUCAAGAUACGAGAUCUUGAAUGGCUGAUCAAGUCGCUGCAAACAGGAAUUUCUGGAAAGCAAGUGAAACCUAGAGCUAACAAGAAUCUGGUGAUGGUGCUAAAUCCAGCUUUUAUGAAGUACGUUCAUCAGAGCUGGCUGGAAUCAAAAGGAAAAUAUCCGUCAACUGGUUUUAUGACCUUGAUGGCCGCAAUUCACUUUUGUGAUGAGGUCCAUGUGUUCGGUUUUGGAGCAGACAGCAGUGGAAGCUGGAGCCACUACUGGGAAAAAAUGAAGGGUAAAAACUUUAAAACAGGACCUCAUCCUGGAAAACAGGAGUACACAAUCAUACACAAACUGGCUGCUGAAAAAACAAUCUACUUUUAUAACGGUGUUUGAUUAUUUUCUAAGUAUAAAAUUUAGUUUGCAAAAUUUAAAAUUUCCUAAAAACAUAUUAAAAAAAAACAUAUAAAUAUGCAUAAUUAUAACCAGCACAUUUUGCCUGAACAGAUUUUUGCAACAGAGUCAUAAACUCUUUAACAAACUGAAACAUACUCUUUUUGAAACUUGAUUGUAUUCUAUUUAAAGAAGGUUUAUUUGAAGAAGAGGUCUCUUAUCCUGUGUAUGAAUGUAUUUCACCAGCUGUCAGUCAUUUGUAUUUUGAAUUUCUUUAUUUUAUAACUCUGCAUUAAACAAAAACCAAAAACUUGUCAUUAGGAAUGUGUAAAAAAAACAUUUAAAAAACUCUUACGUAAUUUACCAGCUGAAACAUCUUCAGAUGUCUUUUCUACCAUUAACUCUGAAAUUAGUUAAAAUAAUAAUCAGAUAAAUAAGAAAAAUAAAAAAUAAUCAGACUAUUUUAAUAUUUAACAGUGCAAUAAGUGAACAUAUAAAUGAACCUACCAGUGUUAGCCCCGAAUGUUCUUUACUUGAUUGGAUUUUAGUUUCCUGUCCCGACAGAAUCAAAACAACUGGGAUAUUACCUGACUGUUUAAGAGUUCCUCAUCCUCUCUUUAAACCUGUCAAAGUUAGGAAAACUCAAAACCUCAACAUAAAACAUAUUGUUAAAGAUAGGGAGGCACCAAUACCGACACUGCUAUCAAUACCAGGCUUGAUACCAGUGUAAAGUACUCAUACUUUUACUUGUAAAAUCAACCCGAUACUCUAAACCAGUACCAGGGCUUUAACGAGUUGUCGAGUCGAUGUGUUGUUCUAUAACAAUAUUGCAUUAAAUACGGAUGUAUGGAGGGAGAAAGUUACUUAUAAUAGUUCUUGCUGCAGAGAUGGACCUGGUUAUGUCAGUUAGGUCCAAUCCAAGCUAACUCUAGCAUGUGCUCUACUAAGCACGCAGAAUAAGCUAAUAAGAGUUUUGUCGAAAAAUCAAUUCUCUGGAGAAUGCUCUAUCCAGAACAAAUUCUGUAUUUAACCAAAAUCACAGAACCAAGAUCUGCUGUUAGAGGUAUAGAGGAAGAUCUUUUAUUUCCGGGAGGAUCAUCUAAGUAAGACAUCCUCCUAAUUGUCAAUCUUUCUGCUGAUAUGUUUACCUAAGGCCGUCCUACGUGCUCGUCCCGUGUAUCUGUUGUGAGCUACGGUUUCAGACCAUCAUGAAGAUCACCUUUCUCUCAGCGGUUCUUUGAAAAUGGCAGAGGGUCUUAAGAAAAAAGUGAGUAUGAAGUGUAGGAGAAAAGAAGAAAGCCUAAGAAGAGGCAGAUAUAUCCCAGAAUCCUUUGUGUGGAGAGCUCUCCUCAGAAAGCAUUAUGGGAUUUACUGUCACAGCGGCCCGCUGUCGCCAUAGGCUGUCGCUAUCCGACAGUGGCGACUAAUAACAAAGAUGGCGCAGGCACCGCGUAGUGGAGGAGGAGUCACGUGACCAACAGGGUCCGUAAAGCUGUGAUUAUAUGACCUAGGGGUUGAUUAAUUGAAUUUGCUAUGACGUCCACUAUAUGCAGUAGUCCCCAGUCUAUAUAGUGAUUGAGAGAUUUAGGAGUUAAGGCGGAGGUUCAGGCACAGUAAGCUUGUAUUAGCUAUGUGAACAGCAACUUUUAAACAGAGCGUGCACAAGGAAAAAGGGGCUCAUAAAUGCUUUCGCACGAGCAUUUUUUUUUAAGUGGAGAGGUUGGGUCUUUUAAAAAUACCCGAAAAUCCUCCACAAUACUUUUAAGAGGCCCUUCCCUGUUGGAAAACACGCCCCGUCACUGCAAUCGGAUCCAAGGUCAAAGACUAACUUUGUCAGUUCAGCAUGAUGGAAAGCACAAUGGGAUGUCGCUUUGUUUUUAAAACAUAUAAAUAUAAAAAAUAUAACCGCGGAUGUCUGGGGGGCAGUGAUUCACCUACAUGUUAUGAAUGCUGGCGCAUUAUAACGAAUAAAUUAUAAACAGAUUAGUUUGUGCCUUCAAGUCGUUGCCCAUAAAAAGACGUUACUUGGAUUUAACCUAACCAAAUAUCAUAAAAACGGCUCCAAAUGACUCAUGUGGGUGAGUAGAACAUGAUGCAAUAAUGUAAAAUCAAGGGCCCAAUGUAAAAAAAACGGCAUUCCCCUUUAACUUCCCAGAUGGAAAAUGUUGAAGUAUUUAAAUAUUUAGACAUGACCCCCAGUAGGAACCUAAUACUGAUUCAUAUUGUGAAAAAAUAUAUGAAUACCCCAAAAUGACUUAAUUGUUUCACUUCAUAAGAGAGUUUUCACACAGGUUGGUGCUGAUAACUAUUGGUUUUGUAUUAUUUAUGGCACGACAACAGGAACUAAUAUGAACAGUCACUUAAUUCUUAAAGUGAAAAAGAAAUACAUUUCCUCCGUAUUUAAAACAUUACUUAAUACAGUUUAGUUCAUACUUACUUUAACACAAUUGUUUAAUGUUAGCAAGUUAGGACAUAAAACAAUUGUUUUAAAUUAACUAAAUAUGAUUAGGGAGAUGCCAAAAGCGGUUGCCUUAUUUUUUUUUUAUGUAUCAGUUUGGAUUCAUUUUCUUCUCUCACUAAAUUGUAUCACAUCUUUGCAAAUUUGAGUUGUUUUUACUUAUAAUCAAACAUGUUACUUACUUACUUUCAAUAAGAACUCCUUGCAAGGAUUUGCACAUGUAUAUAUAUGUAUGUAUUGUCUUAUUUUGUUUAUUAAUGUGAAGUGUGAAAUGUCAUGCAUUUGCUGUGAACAUCUCUGUACUUUUACGUUUUGGCAACUUGGCUCGGUUUCGGGAAGCGCUGAGUUUACAUGGUUGUGAGAGUGUGGGGAACUGUUAUUGUAUUAUAAUUGUACUUGAGCCUGAUGUGGGUGUUUUCAUUGUUGAAAUGUUUUGUAUGAUAAUUUGAAAUGAGGUGUUAUGAUCUGUAUCACUGUUGUUUAUAUUUUAUUAGGAAAUUAGUAAUGUUGAUGACACGGUGCAUCUGAAGGGAAUAUACAAAAGGCAUACAAAAAGGAAAAACAAAAAGCAUCUAUAAGUGGUCCACUUUUUAUUAGAAUUUUUUUGCCAGGGAUGUGCUAUUAUUUUUGUUCUGCAAUAAAACUCCUAAUUAUACCCCUGGACGACCCUCUGAGUUUAUCCCUAACCCUUCAUUUUACCUGUUUUACGCUUUGCUUUGGAUUAAUGUCCCAAUUUAUAACCUACCUACCUACCUUCCGACCGACCGACCCCUACCCUACCCUACCUAUAUAUAUUUCUAAUUAAAUCUAACACUAGUGAUAGACACAUUGUGGCAAUAAUAAUAAUUUUCUUGAUGCAAAAAA